GGUUGGGUGUGCUUGGAUGAUAAAGAUAACGAAUGUUACUACGAUGCUGAUGAUAGCAUUGAAUGUUACUACGAUGCUAAUGAUAGCAUUGAAUGGAUGACUACGCUUUUUCUUACUUCUGGCUUCUUUCAGAUUUGCUGUUUUGCUGAUAUGGUUGAAGCAUUUUUAAUUAAAACCUCGGCACUCUUUCGGUACCGUAUUUUCAUCGUUAGUUAUUUUUUGACUGGGAUAGCAAUUGACGUCAAAUUUUUCUAUAGCUUUCUGGCGCCAUAG